AUGAGAGAUCUUUCUCGUGAGAAACAUCCACCGCAAAGAGGGGGCCUUCUUAGCGACACAGUACCGAACCCAAGGGGUAGUGGAGGCGAUCACACUGCCUCAUGCAACACUAUUUCCACUAGAAGCAGAAAGGUCCUUGAUGCGGUGAAUCAGAAAAUGGUUGAACCAAUCAUUGUCGAGCCGAUUAUUAAUGAGAGUAUAGAAGAAGACGUUGAAAAAGAAAAUGAGGCACCGAAUGAAGCGCCUAUUAUUGUUGAAAGAGAGAAGGAAAUGCACCCUAUUGUUAAAAAGGGUGACGAGGAGCCGAGUGUUCAGAAGGCCACCGGAGAGAGCUUGCUAAAGAGUAAAGUCACCGAGGCUAUUAAACCCUUGACUCAAAUGUAUAAGUCUCCUCCACCGUUCCCACAAAGAUUGAUGAAAAUAAUGGAGGAUGCCAAGUGCCAACGAUUCUAUGACCAACUGAAGGGGUUGUCAAUGAAUAUCCCUUUCUUAGACGCAUUCCAAGAAAUGCCCGGAUUUGCCAAAUAUUUGAAGGAUUUGUUGACAAAGAAAAGGCCAAUCAAGCAUGAUAUGGUGGGAGUCACCCACCGUGUGAGUUCUAUUAUCUCGUCAUCAAAUGCAGAGAAGAAGGGAGAUCCAGGGGCUUUCACUAUCCCUUGCACUAUCGGUCAUCAUGAUUUUGCUCGGGCUUUAUGUGACAACGGAGCUAGUAUUAAUUUGAUGCCACUAGCCAUAUUUAAGCAAGCCGAUUUGGGAGCACCUAGACCAACGAGCAUGCGUCUUCAAAUGGCCGACAGAACAAUCAAAAGACCGGUGGGGGUUGUUGAUGAUAUCUUUGUUAGAGUGGGGGAAUUCUUAUUAUCGGCAGAUUUUGUCAUCCUUUGA